AUUCUCAGAACAGUUGGAUUGCAAUUUUCCACCAAAAUGGUUGGACAUCUCCCCCCCAUCGAAGUGCUGAUGGGAAUCGUACUGCUCUUUGGUUCCGCCAAGGCGACCUUCAACUGGGAUCUGUAUGGAACUCUGACCGGACUGGUGCUCCGCCAUCUGAAUGGCAGCAUCUCGGACUUCGAUUGGUGGACCUUGCGGAUGAGCCACGCCCUGGAGCCCGAGCAGCAGCAGCGUCUGGCGUGGAACAUGCCCUGGACGCAGGCUCUGAGGCAGGGGCGAAGUCUCUUGGAGCUGCAGGAACAGCUGAGACCCAGCAAUCCCCUCAAACUGCAGCUCUGGAUGGGAUUCUACUGGCACCUGCGCCGCUCGAGCCGCCUGGACGGCCGACUGACCUUUGACUUUGCUAGGACUCUGAGGCGCCUCCAACUGCAGCAACAGCCGCAGCCUGAGCUGUGGAGCCCCCAACUGCAAAACAUGUGGCAGAGCCUGCCCCGCUCCAUGCGGCUCAUCCUGCACAGCCGCUGGCUGUGCUUGCAACACGAGCGGGAGAUGCUUUAUGCCGUGGGGGGACUCCGCCUGGAACUUGGAGCCAACAGCAACUGCAGCAUGUGGCAGGUGCAGGAGCUGUCGGAGCAGCGGGGCCAUUGGCUGGGUCUGUUCAAUGUGUGCGACAAGAACAGUCGAUGGUUCAUCAGUAUGCAGGAGCACGACGCCGCGACGCACUUGCUACACAGUGUCCCCAGCCACACGGCCAGAAAGCUGUGUGUCCUCGAAGGACUAGGCUACCUUGGAGAUGCCGUCUCUCCGCUGUCCGAUUGCCACUGGAAGCUGAACGAUUGCAGUCACUUACCACAAAUAUUGUUUGGGUCGUAAUAAAAAUUAGUGGACAGUGUU